AUGACUUUUCUUCGUGAACUUGGUAAAACUGGUGUAAAAAUCCCUGCAAUCGGUUUAGGAUGCAUGGGCAUAAGUGAAUUUUAUGGUUCAGCUGAUGAACAGGAAAAUAUUAAAGUAUUAAAUCGAGCAAUUGAUAUCGGAUGUACCUUUUGGGAUACUGCUCCAAUGAAAUUCUUUCUUAAAGAAUGUCGUAAUGAAGUUUUUAUUUGUACAAAGUUUGCAUUCUCUCGAGGACCAAAUGGCGAAUUUAAGAUAUCAGGCAAACCCGAAUAUGUUCGUCAAGCUUGCGAUAAUUCUUUAAAAAGAUUGGGAGUAAAUUGUAUCGAUCUUUAA